AUGACAUCAUCUACAGAGUUGAGGGUGGACAGCGAGGAUGGCAGCCAUGAGGCGGCUAGGGCUGAAGAGGGUCCGGAGGCCAAGCAGGACAUAUCAUUUGACGAUUCAUCCAAGUCGUUACCACCCAGUGAGGAAGUUAGUGAACAAUCGCUCCUCGAAGAGCUCUUCCCAGAAGCGAACAGUGCUCCGCCGCCUCGGCCAACGGAAAAAGGCAGAGAUCAAUAUCCCAGACUGGAGCUACCCAAGUCCAUUAACCGCCCAGAGGCGCGGAAGGCAGAAAAGCGGGAAACGAAGCCGUUUCAGCAACAUAGGGAGCAAAUUGCUGUGCUCCAGCUGACCAACUGCAGCAUUGGGUUGACGGAAGCUGACUUUCGUCGCAUCAUUCCCAAGGGCAAGCACUUGGAGGGAUGGCGGCGAGACAGCGACUUUUACAAGGCCAUUCCUGGCCGAGACCCUUUGAGUCUAGAACGGUUGCCUUUUUACUAUCUUUUGUUCAGGAAUACGGAGGCAGCGUUGGCAUAUCAGAAGAAUGCUUCGAGACUGCACAAGCUCAGUGCCCGCUACCAGCCGUCAAGCAUCCUAUCCGCCAUUCCUCCGCCCAAGGGAUUUCUCGAGGACGGCGAAGAUAUUGGUGCUGCAGUAACUUCAUACAACCUGCUGCCCAAGGGUCAUGCGAUGAGUCUCAAUGUGCUCAUGCAGCCAUACAACCCUGCUCUACGGUUGUUGAUUGAGCGGGGCGGGUACCAGCCGAUUGCGCCGGGUGUGGACGAAAAGGGCAAUCGCAUCUGGCGGGUGCUCCUGCACAUUGAAGGCUACGAACCGUCUGCAUCCGACAUAUACAUUGCCAUCUGCACCGACGCAUACAAGCAGGGAAGCCUGGUGCCGCUGCGAAACGAGGCGCAGUCGUCGAUCCACCGGCUGCGCGACAUGAUCAAUCUCAAGAUGUCGAGCAAGUCCGUUUCGUCGAGCCGGCCUCGGGCAUACGGCACCUUUGAUCACUCUGAUUCUCCGCUUGUGAAUGCUAUGUCGUCGUCGUCGUCGUCUUCGAUGGAAAUGGCGUAUGAGGACCCGGAGAUUCAGAGCAUGAUGGGUAGCGUGGAAGAGGACCGCUCGCCGGCGCAGAUGCAUCAAGAGGUGAUGAACCGUGUGUACAACCGGUGGGUGCUGGACUUUGAGGAUGAGCAUAGUGCGCGCAGGUGGUCUCUUCGAUGGCACCGUAAAGUGUUUCCUGAGUCUAGUAAUGCAGACACGGCGUGGAAGGAUAGCGAGGAGGUCAGGAUGUGUAAUACAGAGGUGCUUUGGUGA